ACCACGAACUCCACCGUGAACUCCAGCAGCGGGAUGACGGCCCGGGCAGUCGGAGGAGCUGGCGGAGCGGAGGACUCUCCACUUCUCGACAGACACUGAACUCGCCAUUUAACUUUGCCAUUACCGCCCCGCGAUCGGUACGAAGACAGGCGGCAGUUCUCAUUCUCUCGAAUGCGCACGAUUAAAACUUGAAAUGUGUCACAAGUGACUUCUGCGAGCAGCGAGUCUUUAGUCGGCACUGAGCGCAGGCAAGAGAGACGAGGAGGGACUAUAUUUCGAGGCGGACGAGUACUGGCUUGGAGAGCGCGCGCUAGGGCUGAGCGAUCAAAGUUUCAGUUCGGGCGGUUGCCUUCCUUCCACUUUAUGUGUGUAAAUCGCGCUCGGUCGCCUUGUUUUCUUUACUUCCACACUUAAAGUGCUCCGAGUGUUCGAAGUCAGCAGAGGAGGCGAGAAUCUGGGAGGAUCCGAAGGCGCUCAAGAUGUCGAUUUUGCCUUUUACUCCCCCGAUCGUGAAGCGGCUGCUGGGCUGGAAGAAAGGGGAACAGAACGGGCAGGAGGAGAAGUGGUGCGAGAAGGCGGUCAAGAGCCUCGUGAAGAAGCUGAAGAAGACGGGCCAGCUGGACGAGCUCGAGAAGGCCAUCACCACCCAGAGCGUGAGCACCAAGUGCAUCACCAUACCCAGGUCACUGGAUGGACGGCUGCAGGUGUCCCACAGGAAGGGUCUGCCCCAUGUCAUCUACUGCCGCCUGUGGCGUUGGCCCGACCUACAAAGCCAUCAUGAGCUGCGUGCUGUUGAGCUCUGUGAGUUCGCAUUCCACAUGAAGAAGGAUGAAGUGUGCGUCAAUCCCUACCACUACCAGCGAGUGGAGACACCAGUGCUUCCACCGGUGCUAGUGCCACGCCACACAGAGAUCCCCAGUGAAUUCCCACCUCUUGAUGACUAUAGCCACUCAAUCCCAGAGAACACCAAUUUUCCUGCUGGCAUUGAGCCUCAGAGCAACUAUAUCCCUGAAACACCCCCACCGGGAUACCUCAGUGAGGAUGGGGAAACCAGCGAUCACCAGAUGAACCAUAGCAUGGACACAGGUUCUCCAAACUUGUCGCCAAACCCAGUUUCUCCAGCACACAGCAACCUGGAUCUACAACCUGUGACAUACUGUGAGCCUGCUUUCUGGUGCUCCAUAUCCUACUACGAGCUGAAUCAGCGCGUGGGAGAGAUUUUCCAUGCCUCCCAGCCAUCUCUCACUGUGGAUGGCUUCACUGACCCGUCAAACUCGGAGCGUUUCUGCCUGGGACUACUCUCGAACGUUAACCGCAACGCUGCAGUGGAGCUCACCCGCCGUCACAUUGGCAGAGGCGUGCGACUGUACUACAUUGGAGGCGAGGUAUUUGCUGAGUGUCUAAGUGACAGCGCCAUCUUUGUGCAGAGUCCCAACUGUAACCAGCGGUAUGGCUGGCACCCAGCCACUGUGUGCAAGAUCCCUCCAGGUUGCAACCUGAAGAUCUUUAACAACCAGGAGUUUGCAGCUCUGCUGGCCCAGUCAGUGAACCAAGGGUUUGAGGCCGUAUAUCAGCUCACCCGCAUGUGCACCAUUCGCAUGAGCUUCGUGAAGGGCUGGGGAGCAGAGUACAGGCGCCAGACUGUGACCAGCACCCCUUGUUGGAUUGAGCUGCACCUCAACGGACCUCUACAAUGGCUAGACAAGGUUCUUACUCAGAUGGGCUCCCCCAGCAUCCGCUGCUCAAGUGUGUCCUAAAGAAAAUGCACCAAAAUCAAGACCCAAAAACUGUUCUUGAAGCACCCAGUCUCAUCCCAGAAGACCCCGGGGGAGAUAAUGGCAUAUGCUGGGUAGGUUAAAAACCCACCUGUACAUAGGUUCCAGCAGCUUUCAGUUCACACAGUGUUCUUAGCACUUUUGUUUUCAUGUGUUGGCAAAGGGGAUGAGUGCAUUACAGACAGUAAAGUUUGUAUUGUUUUUAAUACGGUCCGUACCAAUUGAUUUUUUUUUUUUUUUUUUUUUUUAAAAAGUGUGUAUAUACAUGAUAUACACACGUGCAUCAUGUAUUAGUUUGGCAUGCAGUGCUGAACAGCUGUAGAGUGUAAGCAGUGGUAAAUUUUUUUUUUUUUUUUUUUUUUUUUUUUUUUUUUUUUUUUUUUUUUUUAAAAUAUUACUCCUUUCAGAUUUAGCUGUACAUAUAUGUAGCGUUAUUAGAUCAUGAACAAGGCAAGUUAUAUUUGUAUAAAACAAAAUUCUGUGGUUUUGGAGAUUUUUUUUUUUUGUUCUUAGAGCAAUGGAAUAAGUAACCUAUUGGUGGUAAUAAUACAUGUACUAAAUGUACAGUUGUUUAAAUGAAAGGUGUCUGGCCAUUUCUGCCCCUGAGCAGUGCUUCAAAGGAUACCUGGUAUGAUGCAUCAGCAUUUGUAAAUGUCCCCCCGACCACCAAUAAUACAAUUCUAAACGUAGUAAAGUAUUUUCAUUUUGGCCAAAGGGCCAGGAACCUUAGUUUUAGCUUAAUGUUUUGAACUGUAACUUGAUUCUCCAACUCCCCAAGCAUCUGGACAUGAUUCUUGUGUGCCCUUUGUUUUAGUUUUGCUCCAUGACCAUGAAGUAGUGCCUUGGAAUACAUGAGUACAGCUACAAACGCUUGCACAUAUUGCAGCGUUUUUUUUUUUUUUCUUUUCUUCUUCUUCCGUUAUAUGGUUUAGAACCAUGGUUGUACUGCAGUUUCUCCUUUCCCCAGAACAGUGAUCUCGUAGUGUUGUUUAAUCGCUCUUUGUUGGAAGGAGGCCAGAUCAGCAUCCCCUGGUGUCAGAUGUGAUGGUGCAGUGUUUAAUCUGCUGGCCAGCUGUUUCCUGGAUGUGUCGCCACAGACUGCUCAAGGAUACCAUCCACAGUCUUUCACUCCCUUAGCUUGUUCAGUAGCAGUAGUGUUUGGAGGACAACUUUCACAGAAGUGUACUCUAGAAUCCCAAGACUAGGCAAUAAGUCACAAAUUUUCAGCAGGAUGAUAUUGAACAUAUUAGUUUUGUCCCAUGAUUGUAAAACAGAUUUAGCAGUUAAGAAAAUACCACUUACAAACUCUCGAUUAUUCCUGUGUUUUUGCAGUGUUUCUUAAAAGCAGUUUCUACUCCACCUAUGCCAAAGUAUUGGUGUUUUGGUCUGUCUUUAAAUACAAGAUUUCAGAAAAGAAUUUGAAGUUGUAAACAGAGCUACUUUAUGAGAGGGGGGGAAACUAAGUUGAUUUUAUGUAAUUAUGUAGACUUUUUGCAUGAAAAUACCCUGUGUAUAAAAUACAAGAGCAUGUUGCUAUUUUUGUCAUAUCAACAUAGUGUACAUAGAGAGGAAACAUUUUUUUAAAGUGGUCAGUGUCUUGAACACUAAUGGAAAGGGAGGCUUUUCUGCUCCAUCCCUUUAUUGGAGGUGUGGGCCCUUUCCCUGAUCUCUGGCAAACAUAGUCCACAGCAUAGAGAUGUAUAUUUAUACACACAAACACCUUUUUGCGUCUGACAACUCAGCCUGAUUAAAACCUUUGGCUGUUUAAAAACCUUACCCAUAAGAUCACUGUCAUAUAGCAGGAAGUGUCCUUCCUGGUUCAAGUGUGUUUGGGCUGAUGCACAGAAAUGUCACUCUAGCUGUGCACUUUUUAAGGUGUUUGUGUAUAUUCUAUAACCAAGACCAGCUUUUUUAUAUUCUAGCUAAAAAAAAAAAAAAAAAUGUAUAUACAUCUAUAAAGAUGCAUUAUUUUCUAAAGUUUCCAUUCUGUACUGUAGACUUUUGUACCAAGUAUACUUUUUUUGUAAGGGAGUUUUAUUGUAAUAUGUUUCAGCACAAAGUCCUUUAUAAUGACAUGGUAAAGGGGCAAAGACUGCUGGCAGAUCUCAGUAUCCUUGUAUUUUUCUAAUAGAACUAGCAGUCCGGGGAGGCUGGGUUUUGAAAGGGAAGAACAGUUAUGAUUAGGUUUUUACACACUUCAGACAGGUCCCUGGCAAUUUCAGUAAAGGUGAUUUAUUUUUUUUAAUUAAUUUCAAUAAGUUCAUAUUUAGCACACAUUGAAGGGCGGUCCUUCAAAAUACACACCUUUGGACCUGAUGUAUCCUUGGGCAAGAUAAGUGUGUAAGCAGUCCACUGGGCAGCUUCCCCCCGUGUAACUUCUGCACCCAGGCAGGUAUUGCACGUGUGUGUGUGUCAAGCACCAUGGAUCUCCUACGCUGCACUGUACCCCUUUUGGCCUGAGACGGAGUGUACAAUAUUGCUCCUCUUUGCGGCGCACAGGAAGGCACACACUCCCACUGUGGAAAAAACACUUUGGUUUGCAUAAAUUUCUGCAAGGUUUUCCCCCUUUUUUUCUUGUGCAUUUAGUCAGUGCUGUGUUUAAAAAUGUUCUAAAUGUAUCCUGCAGGGAUUGUAGUCAUUUCCAGUGACUUUGACAUACCCCUAUUCUCCCUUACUCAUGCUAAGGCACAGUACACUGGUACGGAGUCGUGUUCAGCAGCUUUGUAACGUGAUUGUAAGUGGGCCUCCCUCCCCAAAGCGUCUCACUGAACCAUUUCUUAAGCCGUACAGCUGUACAGAACCUGCAAGAGAAUGCUCCUUCCUCACCUUUGCCAGUGUCGAGAGCCAACUUAACUCCUGCAAAAUGUCGUGGAGGAUUUGUGUGUUUUUAAAAAUGUACACUUCAGUACUUUUGCAACUGUAUUCUUUAAUUGGUGCUUAGAUUUCCGUUUUGUGCUUUUCUCAGUCUCUUAGGUGUCCUUUUGUAUAAAGCUGUAUCCUUUUCAUUUAAAAUAUAUUGUCUUUUAAUAAAAGCAAAAAGCAAAUUAGUCUUAUGUUGAUGUAAUUUUUCCAUGUUU